AUGGCAUCACAAAUGAAGAACUACAAGGUCCUCGCAGCAGCAAAAAAGGCUCAGCAGCAGGGCAAUAUUCCUCAGAAUUGGCACAUUCCUGUAAAUAUCUUCCAAGAUGCUACUAACGUGAUGGAUGUACCACUUUCCUGCGGGCUACUGGACGAAACAGAAGCCAAAAUCACCUCCGACUAUGAUGCAACCGCGCUUCUCGAAAAGCUCAAGGCUAGAGUCUGGUCCGUUGAGCAAGUGACUGUGGCCUUUUGCAAAAGGGCUGCCAUUGCACAUCAGCUAACGAACUGUCUCACUGAGAUAUUUUUCGACGAUGCUAUCGAACGAGCCAAGAAACUUGACUUAGAAUACGGGCAAAAGUCACCAAAUACUCUACCACCACUUUUUGGACUACCAAUUUCACUCAAGGAUAGCUUUCAAGUUUCUGGAUAUGAUACGUCAACCGGAAUGGGUUGCUAUGUCGAUGAGCCAGCAGAGAAGAACAGUGCGCUGGCCGCUAUGCUAAUUGACCUGGGAGCGGUUCUCUACUGCAAGACCAAUCUGCCGCAAACAAUCAUGACUGGAGAUAGUGACAACAAUAUCUUUGGAAGAACCUUGAAUCCUCGCAACAAGUCGCUUACAGCUGGUGGAAGUACCGGCGGUGAAGGUGCACUUAUUGCCCUUCGGGGCAGCAUCCUGGGAGUUGGGACUGAUAUCGGAGGAAGCAUUCGUGUCCCAGCAAUCUGCAACGGGAUCUAUGGAUUCAGGCCCAGCGCAGGCCUGAUUCCUCAUGGCGGUGUACGGGACGUCACCACGCCUGGGACAGAUGGUAUCCGUUCAACAGCUGGGCCUUUGGCAACUUCACUUCGGGAUUGCUCUCUGCUCCUUAAAACGAUACUGCAAGCAGAUACUUGGAAGUACGAUAGCACUGCAAUCUCGAUUCCAUGGAUGGAUCUUCAACCUGACCGCAAGCUGCGAAUCGGCGUUGCUCAAAAUGAGGGCGUUUUCACGCCAACUCCGCCGGUUAGACGUGCGUUGGACCAGGCGGUCGAUCUUCUCCACACCAAUGUCAACAUUGAAAUCGUUCCGAUCACCCUGCCCAACGUCGGUUCGCAUUAUCAGGACAUCAUGAGCUAUUUUGCGCUAUUGGGAAGUGAUUACUAUUACGAGCAGUUUGCGCGGACAGGGGAACCAGUGAUUCCCUCACUCGAAAACAUAGGUCUUCUGUCGGUUCCAGGAACGGAUCUUAAAGGAUUUUUCGAUUUGAAUGUCCGCCGAGCCCAGGCCGCAGAGAACUACCUCAAGUUGUUCCGUGAAAACGAGAUAGAUGUAAUCCUAAUGCCUCCAGCAGCACAUACGGCAGUUGCACUGGACCACUGGACCAAGGCGGCAUAUACUAGCCUAUGGAACUAUCUUGAUUAUCCGGCAAUUGUGAUCCCUACAGAUCAUGUGCGGGACACCGACUUCGCUGAUGAGUUGAGCAACGUCCAAUUUGGCCCCGAAGAUGAGAAGCUUUACAGCCUGUAUACCGGCCCGGAACAGUACAAAGACGCACCGGUUGGUGUCAUGGUGGUGGGAUAUAGGCACAGAGAUGAAGCUUUGCUGAAGGCGGCUGCUAUACUAGACUCGAUUUUGAAUAAGGUAUAG